UCCAAUAGCCUUUACCUUUUGUGUCCAUUUCCACCCCUAGUUAAUUUCUUUGACCCUCUCACCAUUUCUCAACAAUCAUGUCAGAUAUCAUUGAUAUGAUGAAUUCUUCUUCAUCACCACCCAGAUCAUCUAAUGCAUCCAUAUUCCUUAAUUCUAUUAGACAAGUUCAGUUUGAGAAUGCUCCUUUACCCUUAAUUUCUAGCAUAAAUCCCAACUUGAGCCAAGCUAACCAACAACAAAUAGCUACUCCAUGGCCAAAUUUUGGACAUAGCGAUGAGCCUUCUCAAAUUGUUACUAGGUUCCAACCUGACAUGCAAGAUGAAAUUGUUAGAUUACAUGAACCAAAUAUGUAUUUGGCUCCUGAUAGAGCUAUACUCAAUGAGCUUUGGACCCAAAGAGAGCAUGAGUUAUUCGUGAUGGGGCUAAUCAGGUAUGGAAAUCGACGUUGGACCAGAAUUGCCAAUGAAUUUUUGCCCAAUAAAACCCCUCAACAAGUUCAGAGCUAUGCUGCUAACUUUCUGCGAGACAUUCCACCUCCAUCAUCCCCACAUGGCUUUAGGGGAAGGAUCUCCAUCACUUCCUCACCUAAUCCUGUGUCCAUAGAUUGGAACCUGGUUGUUGAUCCAUUUGCCCCAAACUCCAUGCCUAUGCUUGUUAACAACCAAUCCCAACAACUUUUUUCCCUUGUCCCAAUGAAUGCUUUCCUUAUGACUCCACCAAAUGGAGAAGCUAGCACUAGCAACAAUAUUAACACAAACACCAACAUGUAUGAGUUUCUAACACAUACAAGUGAUGCAAUUGCAAACACUUCCAUUGAUGUUACUCCUAGUGCUAAUGAAGAAAUUGAUUUGGAGCUUCACUUGGGUCGAAAUCAGUGAGACUCAAUAUGUGUAUCAUGCUUGGAUGAAUAAAUGAAUCUA